AUGGCGAAGAAGUUAGCCUUUUCCAGAAAUCCGUCGAGUCGCUUCAUUCUCUUAAAUACUGAGAUCGAGGAGAGUCAAUCCGCCGCUCUCCUUCUUGUGGGCACCUUGCUGAACUUCCGGGAUGGGGACAGGGAGAAAUUCAAGGGCGAACUGCUCAGUUUCCCAUUCAAGGAGGGCGUCAGAAGAAUCCCCAAAAGGUUGCUGAAGGAAGCCGAUGCUUGGCAGCUCAGUGACCUGCUGAUGGGCUACUAUGGUGAGGCUUAUGCUGUGGAGGUGACGGCCCUGGUGCUGCAGGCGAUGGACUACAAUCCUCCGGCGGACCAUCCCCUCGCUGUCAGCUGCCUAAUGCAGCUUACACAAUUAUGCCUGCUGGCCACACUGAAUACAUUGAAGGAGUCAGAUCUGAAGAAGUUCAUGGUCAAACUCAGCAAGUUCCCCGUCAAGGAAGGCUAUGUCAGUAUCCCCAGGAAACUGCUGCAGAAAGCAAAUGUUUGGGAGGUCACAGAACUGCUUCUUGCAUACUGUGAUGAGGAUUAUGCUGUGGAAGUGGCUUCAGAGGUGCUGAAAGCCUUUGACCGUGAGCCCCUGCCAGAAUGUCCCCCAAGUUUCACCAGGGAAGCAGCAGAACGACUUUGUGAAAUGUAUGUUUCAAGGCACCGGCCAGCUGAAUUCUUGUCGUCAAAAAUUAAUCAAGCUCUGGAGGAACUGGUUCCGUCAGAAAAAGCCACCAAAGGAGUGCGCUCCACUGAGGCUGGCUCCUUCCGUUGUGGAGAUACAGAUCUCAUAUGUGACGUGACAGAAGCUGUGACCGUAACAUACCACUUUGAUUCAUGGCCUAAGCACCUGGAAGAACAGUCCACUGAGGAGUUGCAUGUUGCUGGCCCUCUGCUCAACAUUAAAGUAGAUGUAGUAGAAGCUGUGGCAGCCAUUCAUGUCCCUCACUUCUUGUGUCUUGAAGGUGACGAUAGUUCCCAUGUCUACAUCACACAUUUUGUGGAAGGGGGGAUGAGGCUGGAGAAGCCAGACAGAGUGGAGCCUCACCAUGCUGUGUUGGAAAACCCCAAGUUCUCUUCCCUUGGAGUCGUUUUCAAAAAGUGGUUUAAGCAAAAGAUCAACACUGUCGUACUGCUCUAUCAGAGACUUCGACUGGAAACACCAACAUUUCACCUGUACCUCCUGCCAAAUGACCCUUCUAUAGUAAAGGCGGUCGAAAAGCGUGAAGUAAAUUCAAAGAGAAUAGAGAAACCCCCUGUGACCCUGAAACCGCUGAUGAUUGGUUCUCAGGUAUCUUUGAAGGCUUCAGAGGAUGUCACAGUUUAUCCUAAGGAACUGGAGUUUCAAUACCUGGAUGCAGAGAAACUGCAGCAGUACCUAGAACUGUCUGCUGAGCAAAUGCAAGACAAGUUCAACUUCUACCUGAUGAAGAAGGGCACCACUGAAAUUGUUUGGGAGGCGCAUUUAAAAAAAAAAGAGUUAAUUUCAGGGGAGCUGGAUUCUCCUAUUCUACACCCAGCACAAGGUGCUUGUGGCUGCACACCAAGCAAUGCAUCAUUCAGCAGAACUAACCCUGGACAUAGUGCGGAAGGCAGGUAAGGCUUAACCCUUUCUCCCCCACUCCAUUUCACCAAAAAAGACCCAUCUUGCCAUUAGGCACAGUGAAGCAGCUGCCUCAGGUGGGCAACGGGUAUUGGAGGAUGGGAAGCAAUGGGGAGGCUCUGAAAGUCGUUACUCAGAAUUCAGAUAAAUUCUUGGGGAAAUUGCAUGUAUGAUGAACACUUCUGAAGACA